AGGUAAACAAGUCUUAUAAGUAAACUUUGUAACCAUCGAUAUAUUCUUUCAUUUGUACUCAGCAGGAGAUUUAUUUUUCUAGCUAUACCAGCCAGCCACUACAAUCUUAAUUUCGACAUCUUCUUCAUUUGCUAUUCGAUCAUCCAUAUCCCUUAUGGCUACAUCACAUGUCCCAAAGUUUGGCAACUGGGAAAACGACGACGUACCAUACACAGCCUACUUUGACCACGCACGCAAAGAGAAACCCAAAGGAGGCCAUGCCAGGUUCAACCCGAACGACCCCGAAGAGAAUCCCGAGGCCUUCAUUGGAGCUACGAAUAGGAUAGUGCACCAUAAGCCUCUGGAAAGCGAAGCACCCAAUCAAUACCAUCAUAGCAAUUCAUCAUCAUCCCAUGCAAACGAACCAGCACGGCGGAGCCACGGCCACCGCACACGUCAUCACAGAAGCGGUUCAGGAGCUAGCGCGGGUCAUAUGACAACAUCAGAAUCUGGAGGCAGUGGUAGUUAUAAGAGUAACAAUAAUAAUAAUAAUAAUAAUAGUUAUACUGAGAAAAGCAGUACUUCUGAUCAGCAUCACCAGUCUCGUCAAAGAUCAUCACGUGCGAAUAUUAAUUUGGUAUCUGAUCAUCAUAAGAAGAAGACUACUACUUCUAAUUCUUCUUCUUCUUCUUAUUCGGCUCAAGUAGUAAUAAGUCAUGACAGUAGCUCUUGCUCAGUCUCGGACAUUAUUAAAGGGCAGGGGCGACACACAGCUAGUACUGCUCAUGAUCAUCAUCACCAUAGAACAACAUCAAUACCAAAAUUUGGGGCUUGGGAUGUGAAUGAUCCGAGGUCAGGAGAUGGAUUUACUGUCAUAUUCGAGAAGCUGAAGGAAGAAAAGACCAACGUCACUUCUAGUAAGAUCCCAAAUAUUUCGCCUCCACCGCAUCACUUUUCGAAACUAGACCACAGUAAACGUACUAAUAAUAACACAUCUUCUAUAUCAAAGAUAUGUUGCUGUUUUCCAACUGGAGGAGAAUGAUUUUACGUGAAUGAUGAAUGACUAUAUUAUAUGAUUUUCUUUUAUUUCCAAGCAUAUAAAUCUAUAGCAAAUCCAACAAACGACUCAUUUUUCUCUCGAUUAUAUUGUAUAAAUAGAUAUAUACACUUUUGGAAUUUGAAUUAUUGGAAAUUGUGUUUUUCUAAUUAAUAUAUAUUGUCCAAAGGUUUUGUGUA